CAAAGAGCUGCUCCAUAAAGUUUAAACAGCCAAGUCUCUUUUGAUUUCUGGUGUGAAAUUAUGAUGCUAUUCAAUUUGCAUCUUACCAUUUGGUAUUUAUUAUUUUGGAUCAGCGUAAUGAUAUCAAUAAUUGCCGGCGUCGAAUCAAUUGAUUUGUUCAAUUCGCUGAAGCUACUAUCCGUUUAUUUCAAUCAAAAUAAUCAAUCUCGCACACCAGAUGCAAUGCUGGGAAUUCAUUUUGUGAAGUUGCUACUUAAGUCAACAUAUGAUGGUUGCGUUGAUAGUGAAACAUUUGUUGCAACUCGAAUUAAUGAGCUUUUGGACGACUUUAACAAAAUAAACAUUCAAUCAAAUAGUAGUGGAUCAGCAAACUCAUACAAUACAAUCGUUUCCCAGCAAUUAUUGGAGUUUGACUUUGUGCCAGCUGAGAAAGUCAGAUACGGUGAAAUUUUCACAGCCAACCAACCAUUCAUGACAUAUGAUGAAUAUCUGUACAAAGUGGACACCGGGUCGCCAACUGCACUGGAAUCAGAUGUGUGUUUGGCCGAAUUGUUAAAUUCAAAUUCGAACGUUUGUUUCGUUAGCUCCAUAUGCUCGGCGAUAAUGUCAUGGAAAAUCGAAUCGUACGGCUAUCAAUUGACUCACAAAUUGUUGUACUACACUGUUUUAUCGCAAAGCAAUUGUACGUCGAAUUUCGAACCAUAUUCUUCGGUCCGAGCAAUAAUUACGUUGCUCUGUUCGCAUAUUUAUCAAGAAAGUAUUUUGAUUUACAAAAUGGAAUUUCCAUCAGACAUGAAUGAUUUACUGUUGGAGCAAGUGCUGCUGUGUGGCUUCAAUGGAUAUGCCGAAUUUUUGGAAGAACGAUGGAUUAGGAAUAUUGUCGAAUGGCAGAAUUCGGCGAGCGGAUGCUACGAAUAUCAUGGUGAGCGCAGAGACAAGAGAAGCAUGGUGAUAUUACGGGACAACUGUUCCGAUCAUAUGACUGGACUUGCAGCUGCUGCAAUCAGUAUGUUCAUCAGAAUUCUACUUUUAGAAAUUUAAAUUAGUUCUAAGACUCAGUGCUAGCCAUUCCUUUGACUUAAUAAAUAAACUGCAUGCUCGCUAGUGCGGUGCUUCGUUUAUGGUAAGUCGAAUAUAACUCCUUACCUUACA